CGAUAUAAGCAGCACCCAGGAACCUGUAAAAUCAAACAAACCUGAAAAUUUGUGGUAAUACAAACUGGAUACUUAUGUUAAAUCACAAAUUUAUUAUGUUUUUUUUGUUUAAAUUCAAAGAUACAACAUCUAAUACAAUGUAGGCUAUUUUGCAAAUUGAUGACUGUACAACUUUAUAUUAUUUUAAUAAUCAUUCACAUAUGAAUAUAUUGGCUUUAAUUAAAAACUGAACCAGUUUUUUUUUGUUUUUUUUUUCAAACUUCAUUUGACUAGUGUAUCCGUUAGUAACCAAUAGUAACGAAUGUUAUACUGAUUUCUUUUUUUUGUUUGUAAUCAUGGGAAAUUGCACAGCAAUAUUUAAACCAAUCAAAUAUUAGUGUGCUAAAUCGUUGUUUAAACAAAAGAGAAAAUAUAUUACUGAUAGUCAAGAUUACUGUACACAAUCCAUUUGAAUAUUUUAAAAAGCUUCUGUUUUUGUUGCGUUUUGUUUUGUUUUGUUUUUUUUCUCAUUUCAUUUCAUUUCAAUUAACAUUUGGUUUCAAAUUGUCAGAUUAGUUGGAAAAAAAGUAUUUUGUUGCUGUUGCUAUGGUUGUUGUUGUUGUUCAAAUGAUGAUUAUAAUAUGUACAUGAAAAGAAAAGUAACUUUUAUCCUAAAAGAUCCUCCCUCCAGAAAAUAAAAAAAAAACAAAAAGAAAACCAUUCACAAAAAUAAAACAAAUGAAAAGAAUUACUGAUGUGAGAUUAAUAUUUUAGAGUAUUAAACAAUCUAUAUCAUUGAUUCAUAAUAUAUAUCUAACGAUAGAAUUUAAUAUUUACAUAAUACUUGGUUACCAUGGAGAUGAAUUGAACAAUAUUCAUUUGACUGAACAUAUAAAUUCCAAUUAAUCAUCGAAUUGAAUGUUAACAUUCCUUGGUAACUAUAAUCGAUUCAUUAUUAUAGAUUACAUCAUGUAUUAUGUAAUCAUAAUUAUUCAAUUAUUAAUUGUUAUCAAUUCUUAUUCAGUAUUAUCAUAUCAAAACAAUGAGUUGAUUAGAAACACUAUACCUACAAAUCGAUUAAAACGUAUAGUAGAUUAUAGUCAUUCUAAAUUAGAUCAUUCUAUUGUAUCUAAUACUAUGAAUAUAUUUUAUCGAAUUCGUGCUGAUAGAAAAGGUUUAAUUACAUGUGAAAUAAACAUCAAAGAAAUUGAUUUUUCCCAUAGUAACAAAAAUAUAAUUAAUCAAACACAAUUCAUCAAUAAAUCAAUCAUUGAAAUGAAACCAACAAGUACAGUAUAUUUAAUUUGUCCACAGCUUUCGACGUCCAUUUGCUAUAUGGACUGUAGUCCAAACUGUUUAUUAAAUGAAAAUGGUUGUACAAUACCACGUAGUAUAGCACAAGUUAUUGAAGGAUGUCAGUUUAAAAGGAUCAAUGCAAGCACAUUCCAAUAUCAAUAUAUUAUUAAUAUGGAAGAACUUGAUCAUACUGGAUUAUGGAAUUGUGAAUAUCGUGGACAACGUGCAGUUAGAUCACUAGAAUUACAGGCUGCAGAAACUUUUCCAACAAAUAUAAAUAAUGCUAGUAAUAAUUCUGAUAAAAAUAUCACCAGCAUUAAUAAUGAUAUUCAGAUUAAGAAUGGCUCAUUGAAAAAAAAUAGAACUGAUAUUAUCAAUCAGUCUCACAGAAACAUCAAAAGUCAAUCUAAACUCAAUAAAAUCAAUUCAACUAUAACGAAGAGUGAAAUGACUGAAAACUGGAAAAAUCCGAAUAAUUUAGAUAAAGCUACCAUGGAGACAAUGCAUCAAAAAGAUAAUUUGAUGAAUCUAACUGAUGAAUUAAAAAAUGACACUUUGGAUAAGAAGUAUAUUCGUUUGGCACAGAAACAAGAAAGUCAACGUCUACUUGAUUUUAAAUUGACCCGACCUGAAUUGGUUCUCAGUUUGAUUGGAAUAUUGGCUAUUUCUCUGAUCGUCAAUAUUAUUUUAAUAAUUCGAUGUUUAUUAUUGAAGAGUUAUUUAGAUGAUACUCAACAUGGAAAAGUAAACACCUACUUAAAAUGUAUAUUAUGUAUACAAACCAAAUCUAAUAUAAACAUGUCAACAUCUAUAAAUAAAUCAUUGAAUUCAUCAAAUCAUCAACCUUUAUUAAUGACAUCAUGUCAUGUUGGACAAAUCAUUGAACCUAAUACUACAUUUAUGAAUUAUUCAACACAAAUUGAUGAUAGUUUAACAGAAUCAAUCUUACUAUAUCAUAAUAAAUCUGGACAUUAUACACAUAAUGAAAAUAAUCAUUUAUUACCAGUGAAUAGUAGUAUUAUGUUACCAAAUCUAAUUCAAACAACAACAUCUAUUCUACCUUUAUCAACAACAUAUAGUACAAAUGUUUCAUAUGUAUCCACAACUCCAAUCUUUCAUCAUUUAAUGAGUAAUUCAUCAACAAUAAAUCCAGAUAAUUUAUUAAAAUAUCAUAAACAAAAUGGUCAAAGUAGUUCAGGUAUUUCAUUAGAAUCAGAUCCAACCUCAAUAAAACGAACAAAUUUAUAUCAUUCACAAUCAGUUAAUUAUUCUAAACAAUCAAAUCAUCCACCUUAUCCAUCUCAUUCACAUCAUCCAUUAUUAUCUGAAUGUUGUUUUCAAAAUGGUAGUAUUACUAUACCUGGUCAAAAUGGUAGUUUAAAUGGUUCAUUAUUAUAUUCAAAUGAUUCAAUUAGUUUAACAGAUACAACAAAUGGUAAUGGUGUAAUUAUACCAAAUCAUAUUAUUGUAUCACAAAAUCCUUAUUCAACUUAUCAUAUGCAAUAUUUAUAUACAGGUGAACAAUCUGAUCAAUUAACAAGAAAAUUUGAUAUACAAAAACAAUUCAAACAACAUCAACAGUAUAUACAAUUUAAUGAUAAUACUAAUAAUAUAUAUCAACAAUCUACUGAACUAAAAGAUCAUCAAUCUUGUACAAAUAAUGAAUUAUCUAAUUUAAAUGAUAUUGAAAUUAAUGAAACAUGUCAUUUAAUAAAAGAAAAACAAAUAAAUCAUGAUUUAUCAAAUUAUACAUUUAAAACUAGUUCUACCAUUGAUUCAUUAUCACAUAAUACUAAUCAAUCAAUAAAUCAAUUAUCAUCAUGUCUUACACCAUUAGUUGUUAGAUUUCCAUCUGGUGAAUCAGGUUUUUUAUUUUGUCCAACUCAUACAACAAUAAAUGAACAUUAUUUGACUGAUAGUUUAUCACGUCAAUCAAAUUGUUUAUCAAUUAUUUCUAAUCAUAAUAAUAAAUCAAUAAAUAUUGAUUCAAAAGAAAAUGAUAAAUUAUUAAAAUCAGAUAUAAAAAUCAAUAAAAAUUGUAGUCAAAAUAAUUUAGAAAAUAAUUUAAUAUUAGAAAAUUCUAUUGAAUCUAAUCAAAUAUCAGAUAAAUUACAUUAUUCAUUAUCUAAAACUACUCAUCAUUUGAUUACAAUGGAAAUGGAUAGUAACUAUGAUAAUUAUGAAAAAUCAAAUACAUUGAAAAAUUCAAAUAUUUCAUUGAUUAAUUAUGAAAAAUCAUUGAUUAAAUCUAAUGAGAAAUUAGAUAUAAUCAAUAUUCAAACAUCAUUACAUAAUAAUAAUAAUAAUAACAUACAUCAAAAUGGUGAUCUCUCGUUUAAUGAUGGUUCUAAUGAUCGAUUACGUAAUCAAAAUGAUAUUCAGGAAUUAAAUAUUAAUCCUACUAUAUAUCCGGUGCAUUAAUAGUUAUAUAACUUUUAAUGUAUAUUAUAUUGUAUUGUAUUGUAUUAACUUAUAUUCCUUGGUUAUUAUGUAAUUGAUAUGUAAUUAUAACUUUAUUUAGAAAUUCUUAUUUAUAUCAGAAGGGGUUUUGUUUGUUUCUAGAUAUUAUAGUAAUUUUAGUAGUUGAAAUCAUGAAUCAAUUGAAGCUAGACUAGUAUGGAAAAUUUGAAAGUACUGAAUAGCUGUUUUGUCCUAUGAUGAGACUCUUUAAUGGUUUAGAGGUGAAGCGUUAGUGUACGAGGCCAAUAGGUCCUGGGUUCGAAUCGUAUAAGGUGAGAUUGUAGAUUUGCACUAAUGUGGAGUCCUACAAUAAGUUGUCCAGUGCUUCUAGAUGAUCUUCCAUGGUGAUUUAGCUUCAAUGAAUUUAUGAUUUAAACUAUUAAAAUUCUUAUUUAUAUGACUAACUUAUAAUGAAUCGUACAAAACAAAUAAACAAACUGUCACUCUAUAAUGUUGUUUAUUUUAAGUUUAAACAAAAAAUUAGUUUCUG